AUGGCGGACAAGCUGGAUAGGAGGGAAAUCUCUAACCUCAAUAAGGCUGAGCUGAAGAAAACCAAGAACAACACCCUGCCGACCAAAGAGACCCCUGAGCAAGAAGAGAGAAGUGAAAUUUUCUAA